AUUCGGUUCAUCCGGAGCGGCGAUGCCACCUUCACGGCUCCCCGCGCUUCCGUGAGCGGCUUGGGAUUUUCCUCGGGAAUAAAUAUUAAUAAUAAAAAAGCCGGAAUAAAGAGGGCGAGUGGGGAUCAAACCGGCCGCGCUGUCUGCAGAGACCGAUUCGACUUCUGAGGGACUGAAGGGUCCCACGAGAGAGAGACGUGUGAAAACCGAGCGGUGGCCGAAGCAGAAGGGAAAGAAAGGAAGAAGAAGGAAGCACGGUGGCAGGGUCGGGACAGGGGACCCUAAGAGAAGAGGACGAGCACUGGGCUCCCCCCUGACCUCUGAACCCUGAGCUCGGCGUCAACAUGAACGACCAGAACGUGGUGAAGGAAGGAUGGGUGCAGAAGAGAGGCGAGUAUAUAAAGAACUGGAGGCCGCGUUACUUCCUGCUGAAGACCGACGGCUCCUUCAUCGGCUACAAGGAAAAGCCUCAGGACGUGGACUUCGCCUACCCGCUGAAUAACUUCUCAGUGGCCAAGUGUCAGUUAAUGAAAACGGAGAGGCCGAAGCCCAACACCUUCAUCAUCAGAUGUUUACAGUGGACCACUGUGAUUGAGCGCACUUUUCACGUGGAUUCACCUGAGGAGAGGGACGAAUGGGUGGAGGCGAUUCAGAUGGUCGCAGACAAGCUGGCCAAGCAGGAGGAGGAAGGAAUCCUGUGCAGUCCCACCACCCAGAUCGAGAUCGUCAGCGAAGAGGAGAUGGACAUCUCCAUCAGCCACCACAAACGAAAGACAAUGAAUGACUUUGACUACCUGAAGCUUCUGGGCAAAGGCACGUUCGGGAAGGUGAUUCUGGUGAAAGAGAAGGCCAGCGGAACUUAUUAUGCAAUGAAAAUCCUGAAGAAGGAGGUCAUUGUCGCCAAGGAUGAAGUGGCUCACACGUUGACUGAAAGCAGGGUAUUGAAAAACACUAGACAUCCAUUUUUAACCUCUCUAAAGUACUCGUUUCAAACCAAGGACCGUCUGUGUUUUGUAAUGGAGUACGUCAACGGUGGAGAGCUGUUUUUUCAUUUGUCGAGGGAGCGAGUGUUUUCGGAAAACCGGACCCGGUUCUACGGAGCUGAGAUCGUCUCGGCGCUGGACUAUUUGCACUCGGCGAAGAUCGUUUACCGUGAUCUCAAGCUUGAAAACCUGAUGCUGGAUAAGGACGGUCACAUCAAGAUCACUGAUUUCGGUCUGUGUAAGGAGGGCAUCACUGACGCUGCCACCAUGAAGACGUUCUGUGGGACUCCUGAGUAUCUGGCGCCUGAGGUCUUGGAGGAUAACGAUUACGGCCGAGCGGUGGACUGGUGGGGGCUCGGAGUGGUCAUGUACGAGAUGAUGUGUGGACGCCUCCCCUUUUAUAAUCAGGACCAUGAGAAGCUGUUCGAGCUGAUUCUUAUGGAGGAAAUCAAAUUUCCCAGGACGCUCUCGAGCGACGCCAAGUCUCUGCUGUCCGGCCUGCUUAUCAAAGACCCCAAUAAGAGGUUGGGGGGAGGACCGGACGAUGCCAAGGAGAUCAUGAGACACAGUUUCUUCUCGGCGCUGGACUGGCAGGAUGUUUAUGACAAAAAGCUCGCCCCCCCCUUCAUGCCCCAAGUGUCGUCCGAAACGGACACCAGGUAUUUCGACGAGGAGUUCACGGCUCAGACCAUCACCAUCACCCCUCCUGAGAAAUUCGACGAGGACGGAAUGGACUCGGCCGACAGUGAGAAGAGACCGCAUUUCCCACAAUUCUCCUACUCGGCCAGCGGGCGGGAGUGAGCAGGUUUAAAAGUGCGCCGGUGUCGGUCGGAGGCCAUUCAAGGAAAUAACGUAGCCAUGUUAGAAUACGUCUGCACUCUUUUCCCCUCCGUUCUGGUUAAUUAAUGAAGUAUCGACUUGGGGAAGGUCUCUUCAGUUUUCUUUCGUUUUUUGUUUGUUUGUUUUUGUUUUCGAUGUGGGGAAAAUGGGGUUUUGCACAGCUGGGUUGGACUGAACCGGGUCAGCCUACGUAAAAAAAAAAGAGUCUUGUACAUUUCCAGCGUUGGUAUUGUUGUUUACAGAAGAUGAAGAAGCGUUUUGUUUCAGUUCCUUUGUGCAUUAAAUCAUGUCUAGCAGUAUUACGAUCGACGUGCAUCUACUAGGUUUUAUUUGUGGUUUAUAAAGGAGCCGUUCUGGGGAACAAAACCAAAAAUGUUGCCUUACACAGACAGGGUUCUUGGUCAGUUAAUUGGCCCAUAAUUGGCUUGCGUGUUUUGAUUUUAUUAUCUGUUCCUGUACAGCACACGUUCUUCAUAUCUCGUACUCUAUUAAACACUAUAUUACAUGUACAGAGAGGACAGGAAACGUUCAAAAGAUAAAAAUCUUUAUUAUUUCACUUCGAAUGUAGAUUUUAUUUACAGAUUAAAUACACAGAACUGACAGAUACCGUAAACCUCACUCACUCUGACACCACAGAGCGACUCCACCCAAAAAAAUGUCCUGAACUUUAUUCAUCACAUCUGUAACGUUUAUGUCAUUAAAGCACAUUUUCACUUCAGAGGGGGCAGAGGUAGCUCAGUGAGAAAGGAACUGGACUAGUGAUCAGAAGG